AUGCCCAGUGCCUUUUCGGAGAGCAAUCCGGCAAGCAGCGCAAUGGACCUCACGCCCACUACCACGGCGACGCUCGCGGACAGUGGUAGCACCUAUGAUUGUAGCACUCUGAGCACCAUCGAAGACGGCAUUAACACUCCUUCCACCAGCCAUCGACCAGACAAUAGUUUUCAGGGCGCGCCGACGAGCAGCGUAGCCUCGUCCGAUCCCACCGGGACGCCGCUGGCACCAGAGCCCACUAUCUUGCUGAACCAAAUCCAGCAGGCUGCCGAAGAUCUUUCGCAGCUCGUUGGACGAUUUGAACCUAAGAUGCCACGAACGUUCCAGAGACCCUCCAUCAAAUAUGCGCUCUUCGCGGAUCCCAAACUGCUUCGGCUACCGUGCUUAAGGUUUUGCGCCAACCCGAUUGACUACACGGAUUCGGCCCCAUCACUCUGGUGGCUCUGGGACGGGUUGCUAUACCAUCUACAACCGACAGCCUUUACGAAAAAUUGCAAGCUUGGAUUCACGCCCGCCCACGAGACCGACAUCGCCAACCCUUGA